AUGGAUGUUGCCUUAGCAGAAGAAGAGACCAUGAAAGAGCCAACGACAUUUGAAGAAGUAUCCCAAGACAUAAAAUGGCGGAAGGCGAUGGAAGAAGAGAUUAAGCGGAAGUACGCCAAAAAUCUAUUAAAGAAAUAUGAUAUGCUCGAAUGCAAGCCAAUUGCCACACUUAUGGAGGCUAAUGUCAGGCUAUGUUCGAAAGAAGGAAAAGACUUGAAAGACGCAACUAUGUACCGGCAAAUAGUUAGUAGUCUAAUCUACCUUACAUUAUCGCAAUCGGAUAUAACAUACGUAGUUGGAGUGGUUAGCCGGUUUAUGCAAACACCAAAGAAGCCGCAUCUUGAAGCAGUACGUCGAAUACUGAGGCAUGUGAAGGGUACAAUAAACCUUGGUCUAUUGUACAAGAAAGGUGGAGCAUGCAAGAUAGUUGGGUACUAUGAUGCUGACUCUAGUGGUGAUCAUGACACACGACGAUCAACUACUGGAUACGUAUUCAACCUCGGCUCAGGAACAAUCUCUUGGUGUAGCAAGAGACAACUUAUAGUAUCUUUAUCAACCACGGCGGCUGAACACAGAGCAAUGGCAACGGCAGCACAAGAAAACACAUAA